ACAAACUAUCAGCGCCCGUAUAACUCCUCUUCUCUGUUUUAAUUCAGUUUAAAAGACGAUAAAAAUAUAUACUCCAUAAAUGCAGUAUAAUGCCAUUUAAAAGAGUCUAACGUGGGAGCGACUCUUGAGAGGAAUACCUUCACCUCAUUGGCUGAACGGUGUCUGUUAAAUUUUCCUCACGGCCUGUGAACGGUAUGUCCUUCAGUGUUAUCACUUGAGCGGAGCUUUACUGGAGACUCAGACGAUGAAUUACGUGGGACAGUUGGCGGGGCAAGUGUUUGUGCAGGUGAAGGAGCUCUACAGAGGUCUGAAUCCUGCCACACUGUCCGGCUGCAUUGACGUCAUCGUUGUCCGGCAGCCAGAUGGAGCUCUGAGAUGCUCUCCCUUUCACGUACGCUGUGGAAAGAUGGGCGUUCUGAGAUCACGAGAGAAAUUGGUGGACAUCGAGAUCAAUGGGGUACCUGUUAAUUUACAAAUGAAACUGGGAGAGAAUGGAGAAGCUUUCUUUGUCAAGGAGACAGAAGACAAUCAGGAAGUGAUUCCAUCACACUUGGCCACGUCUCCCAUCCCAUCUGAUGGGGGUGUUCUGAUGGGCUGCUGUGCUGAGCAUGGAGUGUCAAAGAAAAGGAGGAAGAGGAGAAAGAAGUGUAGAGUGGAGGGUGUAAAGAGAGAGGACAGCAUAGAGGAGUUCUCAGAAGAGGUGUUGUUUAACAUUGACAUCAAUGACAGCGAGCUGCCUGAUGAGAACAGGAAAGACUUGAUGAAGGGAUGCUCAUCCACUGGAUACAAUCAAAACACAGUUUAUGCUCGUUCAGAUGGAGAGUGGAGUCCUGUACACAGUCCUAAUGUGUCUCGUCCCAGCACCCCUAAGAGUGACUCUGAAUUGAACUUUAAAGGGCAACAGGAGGAUUCAGCCAUGCUGUGGUCCUGGGGUGAACUUCCGCAAGCGGCCAAGCCAUCGUUUCUGUCAGCAAAGCCAAACCUUUUGCCAGUGUCCGUCCCAGUCUCUGACAACACACAUUUCAGAGUCAUUCCUGAGACUGCUGCCCAUCGCCAUGAUGACAUGAGAUCACACACUGAUGGCCGAUCACACACUGAUGGCCAAUCACACAGAGCGAAAGAGUUUAAAAAGCAGGAUGUGACAUCAGUAGCAACUGUGAUGUCAGAGGUUGAGGAGAGUGGAGAAAAUAUUGGACAAUGGCCACAAAAUAAGACAGAUUCUCCCUCUAAAAGAAAAGAUAAGAGAAGUCGCCAUUUGGGGUCAGAUGGCGUAUAUUUGGAUGAUAUAACAGAGCUGGAGCCAAAAGUUGCGGCACUUUACUUCCCUAAAAGUGGUCCAGAGCAUUCAUGCAGUGAGAACAGUCUUAGCAGUGUGACCAUUUCUCCUCAGUCCAUGUGCAGCUCAGGAGCGGACAGUGGAGUGGACAGUUACGACCUGCCCUCUAUCGCCAUCUCUCUGUGUGGAGGACUCACUGAAAACAGAGACAUUACUAAAGAACAUUUCCAACAUAAGUUUGUGUCUUAUCAGCAGUUUGCCGAGAAUCCAGCUAUGAUUGACGACCCAAAUCUAGUGGUGAAGAUCGGCUCGAAAUAUUACAACUGGAGGACUGCUGCUCCUAUUAUUCUGGCAAUGCAGGCCUUUCAAAAACCACUGCCUAAGGCCACUGUAGAGAGAGUGAUGAAAGAGAAGAUGCCCAGAAACAGAGGAAGAUGGUGGUUUUCAUGGAGAGGAAAAACAAACAGCAACAAACCGGAUUCGGUCUCAGAUGGUUCGGCAUGUGCUGCAGGAGACGAGACCACCAAGAUCAGACGGACAGACGAGUCCUUCUCCAGUGAUGAAGAUCACUUGUCUGCCAAUCAAACUCCUGUUCUUGUACAAAAAGAACCCGCCUUCUCAGCAGUGGGCGUAUCCUAUCAGAAGACUCUCCGCCUCUCCUCUGAACAACUCGCUAGUCUACAGUUGAAGGACGGUCCUAAUGAUGUGGUGUUUAGUGUGACGACUCAGUAUCAGGGCACGUGCCGCUGUCAAGGAACCAUCUACCUGUGGAACUGGGAUGAUAAAAUCAUCAUUUCAGAUAUAGACGGUACAAUAACCAGGUCAGAUAAACUGGGACACAUUCUGCCCACACUGGGUAAAGACUGGACACAUCAGGGUAUUGCUCGUCUGUAUCAUAACAUCAGCCAGAAUGGCUAUAAGUUUCUGUACUGCUCGGCGAGGGCGAUUGGAAUGGCUGAUAUGACGCGUGGUUACCUGCACUGGGUCAAUGAAAGAGGAACAAUGUUACCACAGGGACCCGUUUUACUGAGUCCUAGCAGCCUGUUUUCAGCACUACACAGGGAGGUGAUUGAGAAGAGACCGGAGAAGUUUAAAGUAGCGUGUUUAACAGAUAUUAAGAACCUGUUCCUCCCAAACACUGAGCCCUUCUACGCUGCGUUUGGGAACAGAGACACUGAUGUGUUUUCCUAUAAGGAGGUGGGUGUUCCCUUAAACAAAAUCUUCACUGUCAAUCCUAAAGGGGAAUUGACCCAGGAACAUGCCAAAACCAACAUUUCAUCGUACGUGCGUCUGGGCGAGGUUGUGGAUCACGUCUUUCCGCUCCUGAAGCGCAGCAGUUCAUGUGAUUUCCCCUGCAGUGACACCUUCAGUCAGUUUACCUACUGGAGAGAGAAGCUCCCCCUAGUGGACGGGCAGAUAGAGAGCAUGGAUAACAUCACUCGGUGAACAGCACACACACACACUAAUACUCGCUACAUCCUGUAAGGAGACUCGCAUAAACUGCACAGAAAAAAGCAAGUCAAAUUUAGAGAUGGUAUACAAAGUAGUUUGUUCAGCCAAAAGUCCAACUUUGUUCAUCAUUUUUUCAUCCUGAUGUUGUUCCAAACCUGUAACAAUUUGGCUUUGUUAUUUUUUUUUCAUACUGAAAUCAGUGCAAAUAUUUGCAGAUUACACACAAUCACAUCUGAACCUCAGGCAUAGAUGCACUUUCUUUCAAAGAAGUCUUCUCAUUUAAUUUGUGAUGUUUUCAUCUAUAAGUUUUUAUAUAGUUUGAUUUUGCGAAGAGUUCAGUGAAGGAUAAAUUUGUGCUUUUUCUGUUGUUGUUGUGUUUCAUGUGGCAGUCACACACACUGUGUUCAUAAACCUAAUGUAUCUGUCACAAAAUAAUAAUUUACUGAAAAACAAUCAUAUCAGAAUAUUUGCUGUAUAUUUACUGUUUGUAUAGAGUGAGCUUGUUAAUAUGUUUCAACAGAUAGUUUGUUUUUGUUAGUUAGACUGAAUGAUGUUACAUUUCUCAGAGAAACAGCAAUUCUGUUAGUUCAACAUUUAAAGGGAGAAUUAUUUUGUACCCUCAUUUGAUACAUUUUUGUUUGUGUAUUCAAUAAGUUAUUACUAUUAUUUCUGUCUAUUGAUUUUAAAUGUGCUGUGGUCGUAAAGAACAAUGGUUCUCAACUGGUUUUGCAUCAGAAACCAGAUUUUACAUUGAAAUGAAGUGUUUUUACAUUGAAGUGGCAACCUCACACAGUACCAAAAGUGCACAAAAUAAGCAAAUAUAUCCUUAAAAAUUAUUUUUUUUUAAUGUUAUAAUAUUACAACGAACUGCAUAAUCUCAACAAUGUGCAAAAUGAUUAACAUGACAUAGGCUGAAUAGGAAAAUUGACAAUUUUGUAAGUGCACAAACAACCGAAAUGUGAUUUACUAACUUUGACAUAAACAACACAUGAUAUGGAAAGUGUUUUCUCCUCCCUUUUAAUAGGUGAUAUUUGUGUUGUUAUUCUAACUAUGCACGGUUAUAUGGUUAGUUCCUAUUUGAUUAUUUGCAUUGUGCAUUGUUUUUGUUUUCCAUUGUUGCAUAGCAACCCACCAGAUAUAGUGAAUAUUCAGCAGUGAUAUUCUGAUACUCCUGCCUUUUUGUGUAGUUUUCAAACAGCACUUUAUGCAUUCAGGAUACUGAAGAAAGAUAAUAAUAUAAUGUCAUUUGAGAAAGUAUGUUGUAUACAUAGUAUAAAAGUGUGUGUGUGUGUGUGUGUGUGUGUGUGUGUGUGUGUGUGUGUGUGUGUGUGUGUGUUGAUUGAACAUUUUAAAGAGAGACAGACACAGUUUAAAAGUUGAUUGAACUAGGUUUUCUGUGUGUGUCAUGUUUGAGUUUUUGGAGAUGUCAGAGGAUUUUCUGCUAUUUUUUCCAUGAAAAAGCAGGUCAAAUCAGUAGAUUAGAGACUCUGAUGAGUAUUAUGAUUUUCAGGUGAUCUUUGUUUGAAAGUGAAAUGUGUUUGUUUUGCUCUUAAAUAAAACUUCAUGAUUCAAACAUGUGUAAAACUGCA